AUGACUCAAGAGAAGGCCACGCAAAGACGCCUCAGGGGCACCGCCGGGGCGAGAUCGGAGGGCGCCGCGCUGGGCAGAAGCAGCGCGGGGCCCACACCCGGCGCAAGACCUGCCGCUUCCCGGCCGGGGAGGGGCGGGGCGUGGAGCAAGGGCGUGGCCAGGCCCGGCGGGGGCGGAACUGGAGGCACAGAGCGCUUCGGGGCGGGGCGCGCCUUAGGCGGUUCCACUUCGGGGCGGGACACUACAAGGGGUGGGGAGCGGGGCGGAGCCUGGCUAUGGGAGGAGAGAAGGGGCGGAGUCUUGUUGGGGGCGGAGCCGGGCUGGAGGCGGGGCGCGCCGCCGAGCGCCGCCGGGCGGGGGAGGGGAGCGGCGAGCCGGGCGGAGCGGGGGAGGGGAGGGAAGAGAAGGGACGGGAGCGCAGGCGGCGCCGCCGGCCUGGGCGCGGGUCCCCGAGGUCGCCGCGGUUUCCUCGGGCCGACGGGGAGCGGCGCGCGUCGGCGGACGCGCCCAAGACGCCCGCGAUGGCCGCGCGUGCAGACGGGGGCGCCGCGCUUACCUUGGGCUUCUCCUCGGACAUGGCUGCUCGGGCGGCGCGGGCAGGCGGCGCGGGGGAAGCAGCGCGGAGCGGGCGAGUCACGCUCACGGCCCCGCCGCUCUCCCGCCGCAACUGCGCGCGGGGCCGCGCUUUAUCCCCCAAAUCCCGGCGCGCUCGUUGGCCGGCGGGGGGUCACGUGUCUGCGCGCGUGCAUGAGGCGCGCUCCCUGGGGCGUCGGGCGCGCGCUGGCCUGGCCGCGGCUCCCGGCGCUUGGAGAUGCGUCACGGGGCGGGUCCGGCGCGACCCCGGCGGGCUCAGACGGCCUAGGGCACUGGGGUGCGCGGGCCAGAGGCGCGUGCGGGGAGCCCGGGCCCUGGGGACCCCUGCCUGCCUCCCCUCCCGCGCCCUGGCCCCGACUCCUUUUCUGGGGACAGCGUUCCUGGGGUGCGGGAAGUGAGGCCGGGCCGCAGCCCGUGAGGCGGAGGAGGGAGGCCCCUGGGGGCGACGUUCCCUCUCGGGAGCCGCGGACGGAGCGGACAAGGCGCCCGCGGGGUCCCGGCCGCCGAGGCCGCGCGAAUCAGGCCCGCACCCGGGACGGUUGGGGGCGCCACGCGGCUCCUUGCAGCGGCAGCUUCCUGUCCGUUGUCAGCCCGGGCCGGGCUCCCUCGGCCGCCGCUCCCACCGGGCUGUGCCGGGCCCUCAAACCCGUCCUCAGGAAGACCCGUUUUACCUACGAGGAAACUGAGGCACUGGGCGGCCCAACCAUCCCCAGUUUCUCAUCUCCGCACCAGCAGAGAGGGAGAUCCCUAUAGGGCUGAACCCUAUAAGAAGACAGACAGAGGAGAAACUAAAGGACUUACAGCUGACUUUGCAACAUGAACAUGGAAGCCAUGUAACAAUGGAAUUAACAUCUUCAAAGGGGUGAAAGAAAAUAGCUGUCUACAUAGAAUUUUAUACCCAAUGACAAGAUCAUGUAAAGGUAGAAGUGAAAUAAACAUAUUUCAGAAAAAGCAAA